AUGGAACGGCAGGAGGAGGACUUGGCAAUGCUGAUCCCCGACGACGUGCUCGAGGAAGUGUUCCGCCGCGUCGCGCCGCGCGGCCUCGCCGCGUCCCGCUGCGUCUGCAGGGCGUGGCGCGCGCUCAUCGACGACCGCCGCCUGCUGCGCGCGGACCUCCUCCCGCGCACGCUGGCCGGCCUCUUCCUCUGCUUCAACAUGCUGGAGCUCCCGGAGUUCUUCGCCCGCCCCGCCGUGGGCUUCACCGUCUACCGCAUGCACCCUGGCAUGGAGGUCGACGACCACUGCAACGGCCUCGUCCUGCAGUGCAACUGCGUGCUCAACCCCGCCACGGGCCGGCGGGCGUAUUUGCCCGAGCGCCCGCUUCCCCUCUUGGAGGAGUAUUUCACCGAAGACGACUAUCUCGCCUUCGAUCCUACAGAGUCACCACAUUACCACGUGUUCUUGAUCCCGAUGGUUCUUCUUCUUCCCACGGUCGAUCGCAAGUUGGACCCUGUAUAUAGCGCCAUCUCGCAAUCAGAAUGGCCACCGUCACCGUUCGUCCUCAGCGUCUUCUCGUCAAGGACGGGGCGGUGGGAGAAGAGGUCCUUGGUCCGAGAAGGUGAAGCCGCAGGAACGGUCGCCGACAUGGAUGACCAACACUGGGUACCUCGCCACUCAGUAUGCUGGCGGGGUGCACUCUACGUUCAUCGCCAAAACGAUUUUGUAAUGAGAAUAUCAUUGUCAAACCAUACGUACCGAGUGAUCAAGCCACCUAGAGAGAUUGAAAUGUUAAGGGGUCGAAGUGAUGUUCAUCUAGGAAGGUCACAGAAGGGAGUUUACUAUGCAUUCAUUGAUGACAAAUACCACCUUUGGGUUUGGAUCCUUGAUGACUCGUGUGAUCAAAUGGAAUGGAUAUUGAAACAUCAUAGUGGUUGUGGGCUAGCCUUGCCAAAUGCAAAAUGUAACCAAGAAAAUUACGGACCCUGGAUCCUACAAAAUGCUAACUGCGAUGAAGCUGACAACAACGAGGCGCUAGCGGGACAAGAAUUUGAAUGGGAUUCUGAUGAUGAAAAUAUUCUCCACACUGAAGAUAGGAUACAAGAGCAGUUGUGCUUCACAAUACUUGGAUUUCAUCCUUACAAAGAGAUUGUCUUCUUGCAUAGAUCGUCCAGAGGCUUGGCGUAUCAUUUGAAGAGCUCUAAACUUGAGUAUUUGGGUAACUUGUACCCAAAAGACUACACUCAUAUCGCUGGUAGCACGACGGAGAUAUCUUUCAGGGCGAUGUGGAUGACCGAGUACGCAACUAAGCUGGUCGUGCUCGUCUUCUCUUUUGACGACAACCGGUGGCAAGCGAUUGCAUCUCCCAGUUGGGAUGACAACUUCCUCUUGCAACAGCGCACCUCCAUAUGCAUAUGGCUUUUUCUAUACUGGCUACUACUAGUGCCAGACUUAAUUUGCAAUCUUGUUAUUCUCGACGUCGGUCGGAUGAACCUGCGUCGCUGCCGUGCCAAACUUCCAUUUCCUAAGCCAUCUAGUCCAUACCGACGAGUUAUGGUGCUCACGGCCAAUAUCGGCGAGAAUCGAGAAAAAAAGUUCUAUAGGUGUUUGAAGGGGUACAAGUCGCCAAGUGCUUGCAUGUUCUUCAAGUGGGAAGAUGAGUACAAGAAGUACCUCAUUGAGAAUGGAUUUCUAGAGGAAGACACUCAGGUUGCUCCAAUUUCAGUGGAUGCCAAUCUUCAUUUUGGGCGAGAACAUUGCAGAGCUGAAGGGAACAGUUCGGCAUUUGCAGAAUAG